AUGUUGGCUUUGAAAAACAAUAUGUUGGCCAACUUCGAUAAAAGGUUCCCGACAACAGAAACACUUGUCACUGCAGCUUUGCUAGACUGCCGAUUUAUGAGGCUUAAAGAAAUAAACACAUACCUCGAAGCCAAAGGGAAGACACCUGCGUCUUUCUUAGUGGAUCGCGCAACAGAAAUAAAAUCCAUUGCUCGAGACCAAAGUGAAGAUCCACAAGUAAUCCAAAGCCCAAGUACAAGUAAGGAAUCGCUACUAACUCAGCUGUCUCGCAAAUAUAACUCCCGUCAUAAUUCAGAGAGUGUUGAAUAUAUCGACCAAGAAGUCUGGAAAUAUAUCGCAACUGAUGUCAAAGACGUGAUCCUUGCUUUAUUUUGA